AUGAAGAAGGAUCCGAUCCGAGAAAGAAAAAAAACUAGAGACAACUCGAUUGAAGAUAACUAUGUUCUGUUGGAUAACAAUAAUCAAGAGGGAAGCAAUUCUUCUCAAGGUAAUGGAGUUCAUCAUGUGGACAAUUCUAUUGUUACUUAUAAUGAAGAGGACUUGAAUAUGACAUAUGUUGAAUAUGGAGGAAGAAGUGAAGGAACCUACCACCAGAACACUGUUAAAAUGCGAUUGAGAGCUGCAAAUCAGGGUUUUGGAAAUAAACAUACUAGACAACAUCUAGGAGAGCUGAUUAGGGAUAAUGAUCCUGACAUCAUUUUUCUGUGUGAGACUAAGACAAUGAAUCAGAAAACGGAGAGAUAUACUUAUUCUUAUAAUUAUAUGAAUUAUCUCUAUUUUAAUCCUGUGGGGGCUUCUGGUGGUCUGUUUUUGUUGUGGAAAGAUGGUAUUCAUAUUGAUCUUGUUGAUAUGAAUUUUAGUUUUAUAUCAGUCCUUGUUAAUAUGGAUUCUAGAAGUGGUCACACUCUUUUGAAUUGUAUGUAUGGUUCCUUAAAUGAUAUAGGGUGUGAUAGACAAUGCGACUACUUGGAUAGCUUAGCUAGUAGAUAUUCCUGCCCUUGGAUUAUUCUUGGUUAUUUAAAUUUCAUCAUGAGACAAGAGGAGAAGUUUGGUGGCAAUACUAUUACUCAUAGUCAACUAUAUGAAGUCAAAUAUCAUUUAGAUCAUUUAUACCUUUUUGAUCUGAGUUACAUAGGUAACCCUUUUACUUGGAGUAAUCAUAGGAGUGAUGCCUCUCUUAUUCUUGAGAGGAUUGAUAGAGCUCUUGUUAAUCAUGCUUGGAUUGAUUUCUUCCCUAAUGCCAUAGUCUAUCACUUAUUAAGUAUAUCCAGUGACCACUGUCCUAUUCUUCUUGUUACCUCCAGGGAAGAAAGCAAUAAUAGAAGCCCUUUAAGGUUUAAUAGAUUGGCUCUUAGGCAAUGGAAUAUGAAUUCUUUUGGAAACUUUCAAACACAUAUAAAUGACAUUCAGUCUCAACUUGAUAAUAUUAAUACUAAUAUGCAUGACAUUGCUAGUGCUUUACAUAAAAAGAAACUAGAAGAUGAUCUGAAACAUUGGUAUGCUGUUAGACAAGAUUACUAUAUGCAGAGAGCUAAGGAAAAUGUGUUGUCGUUGGAUGAUAAAAACACUAAGUACUUUCAUGAUAAAGUCAAUUAUAGGAAAAGAAGAACUCAAAUUGAGUGUUUGAAGAGCAACAUAGGAAUUUGGUUAACUGAUAAAAGCAUGAUAGCAACAGAGCUAAGAGAGCAUUUUAGUAAAAUGAGUAGAACUACAAAUCCUGUCAGUGAUAGUAGUUUUCUUGAUGUUUUGACUCCCUGUAUUUCCGAUGUGGAGAAUGACUUUCUAAUACAUCCUCCUACUGUUGAGGAAAUUAAGUAUGUUGUUUGGAAAAUGCAACCUUGGACUAGUCCUGGUCCUGAUGGUUACCCUCCUGGUUUCUAUCAACAAAUGUGGGACACUGUUGGCCCUGACACUAUUGCUAUGGUAAAGAGUUUUUUCCAUUCUGGUCAUAUGCUUAAGCAGAUAAAUCACAAGUUUGUGUCUCUUAUCCCUAAAAGUAAUGCCCCAAAGACUCCUGCUGACUUUAGGCCUAUUAGCUUAAGUAAUCUUAGUUAUAAGAUUAUCUCUAAGCUCUUAGCUAGUAGACUUAAAACUGUGAUGGAUAAAUUUAUCAGUCCAUACCAGGCAACUUUCUUAUCCUCUAGGCAAAUAACAGACAAUAUUGUCAUAGCUCGUGAAUUAGUUGACACAAUGAGAAAAAAUAAAACAAAAUAUGGUUUAAUGGCUAUGAAAUUAGAUAUGUCCAAGGCUUUUGAUAGGGUUGAAUGGAAAUUUAUAAUUGAUAUCUUGAAAAAACUUGGAUUUCAUGAACAUUGGUGCAAACUUAUUGAGCAAUGUAUAUCUACCGUUUCUACUUCUAUUUUGCUUAUAGAUGUCCGGAUGAAAAAUGAUAUUCAAGGAAUCAAAGUUACUACUACUAGUUCAUCUAUAAGUCAUUUGUUUUUUGUUGAUGACUGUUUGGUUUUCACCAAGGCUAGUAUUAAAGGUGCUAAGAGUUUACAGAUCAUGCUUGAUAGGUUUAAUAAGCUCUCAGGUCAGGCGAUCAACUUUGAGAAAUCUGGAAUUGCUUUUAGUCCCAAGAUUGAACCUAGAACUAAGUCCCAAAUCUUAUCCAUUUUGAAAAUAAAGAAUCUGGGUCUAGCUGAUAAAUAUUUAGGAGUUCCUUCACUUCUUCAAAGAAACAAAAUGGAAUCUUUUAAGCAUUUAGGAGAAUCUUGUGAUAAAAGGUUAGAUAACUGGCAAGCUAAAUAUCUAAACCAACCUGGCAGAACUGUGCUUAUCAAGUCCGCAGUAGGCACUCUAGCUUCCCAUCAUUUAGAUAUUUUUCCAAUGCCUAAGAAGAUGACAGAUAAGUUAGAUGUUGUGCAAAGAAGGUUCUUCUGGAAUAAUAAAAGGUCUGCUAGAGGGGGUAAUCUUUGUAAUUGGGAUAAUGUAGCUAAACCCAUUGUUUUAGGUGGUCUGAACAUUAGGAAAACAGAACACUUAAACACUGCCUUACUUUCUAAGUUAGCUUGGACAAUGCUAACUGAACCUGAUGCUUUGUGGGUCCAAAUCCUUAAACACAAAUACUUCCCUGAUUUUAGCCCCUUACAUGUUGUUCGUGCAGAAAAUGUUUCUUGGGUGUGGAAAGGUAUCUGUAGAGGACUGGAGUUGAUUAUAAAAUACUAUUAUUGGGAAAUUAGGGAUGGUACUUCCAUUGAAAUAUGGAAGGAUAAAUGGGUGCCCACUAUUGACACUCAUCUUAACAAUAACUUUGCUUCUAAUGCUAUGACUACAGUCAAUCAACUGAUUGUGCAUGAAAGAAAAGAGUGGAAUGUAGAUACUCUGAACUGUCUUUUUGACAGUAAUACUGUUAAUGAAAUUAGUAAAAUUAGAAUUCCUUCAAUUGGGAAGGACAUUCUCAGAUGGGCCCCAACUCAUAAUGGUAAAUUUAGUGUUAAAUCUGCAUAUAAUUGCAUUAUGCAGGAAAUACAUGGAACUGGUAAUGCCACCUUCCCCUGGAAAGCUUUGUGGAAGCUUAAUCCUCCACAAAAGAUAAAACAUCAUCUGGAGGAAGUGAAAACUGCUACUCAUCUCUUUAUUAGUUGUGAUGUUACUAAACGGCUUUGGUUUGCCCUAGAUGCUAACGUUGCAGGAAGUAUCUCUGAUGUUAGUUUGCAGAUUUGGAUAGGUAGUUGGUUCCAGGCUAGUACUGUAUCCAAGGAAGAGAAUGACAGAUAUAUUCAAUAUGUCAGUUUUGCCGUAUGGAAUAUAUGGAAGCUAAGAUGUUUUGUAGUAUUUGACAAUGGAACAAUUCCAGUAACUAAAUUUGUGGCUCAAGUUAAUAAAGACAUUGCUGAGUGGAAUGAAAACAAUAUAAAAUGCAGUGCUGUAAGAACUGUUGUGACUCAAACUAGGAAUGUAAUUCCUUGGAAAUUGCCAGAUAAUGGCUUAUAUAAGAUUAAUUUUGAUGCAUCUUAUUUGAAAGACAAUAACUAUAUGGGUAUAGGACUGAUGAUGUUCUCUGAUGCAGGGAAAUUUGGAGGAGCACAAUCCUGCUCUGGAAUAGCUCAAGAUGAAGAGCAAGAUGAAGCCUUAGCAGCACUGACAACAAUUAAGUGGGCAAGAUACUCAGUUGUGGAAAAACUGCACUUGGAGGGUGACUGUCAGAGUGUAGUAAAAGCUAUCAAUGGUGAUGUAGGAAGUAUUAGAUGA